AUGGGUUUGCGUGAAAGACCGCUGUACGACACUUUCUGCUACAUCCAGAAAGGUCGUUCACGGGGACUGCACUGUGGACAUCUCCAUGCAUCUGCUUCGUACGGCUACUUCAAGCAAGGUCAACCGUUUAGCAUGCCUGAACCAGUUGAUGACUACGCAUCCAAUUGGUAUGCCUGGUGCGUCGGCCGGAGGGUCGCCGGCUACCUCUCCCUCCGCGUCCAGCAGCUCGACGUCCGCUGCGAGACCAAGAGCAAGGACAACGUCUUCGUCACCGUCGUCGCCUCCGUGCAGUACCGCGCCCUGGCCGACAGGGCCUACGACGCCUUCUACCGCCUCAGCAACGCCCGGGAGCAGAUCCAGUCCUACGUCUUCGACGUGAUCCGGGCGAGCGUGCCGAACAUGAACCUGGACCAGGUGUGUUCGAGCAGAAGAACGAAGGUGGCGCGGGCGGUGGAGGAGGAGCUGGCCAAGGCCAUGGACACGUACGGCUACGAGAUCGUGCAGACGCUCAUCGUGGACAUCGAGCCCGACGAGGUGCUGAAGCGCGCCAUGAACGACAUCAACGCGGCGCGCGUGGCGGCGGCGGAGCGCGCCGAGGCCGAGAAGGUCCAGCAGGUGAAGCGCGCCGAGGGGGAGGCCGAGUCCAAGUACCUGGCGGGCGUCGGCGUCGCGCGACAGCGGCAGGCCAUCGUCGAGGGGCUCCGCCGCUUCGUGCCCGACGAGAAGGCCGUCAUGGACAUGGUCCUCGCCACGCAGUACUUCGACACCAUCAGGGACAUCGGCGGCACGUCGCGCGCCGCCACCGUGUUCAUCCCGCACGGCCCCGCUGCCGUGCACGACGUCGCCGCGCAGGUACGCGACGGCGUGCUCCAGGCCGCCACGCACGCCCCCGGCGGCGGCGCCGUAGCCAGGUGA